AUAUUUUCCGUCGCCAUUUUAUCUCGAAGCACUGACACAAAUUUACGAUGGGGGGAUCACAGAGUGUCUUUACCGAGGAAGAACUCGACGAUUACCAGGAGCUGACAUAUUUCACCAAAAAGGAAAUUUUGCAUGUGUACAAACGCUUCAGAGCAUUGGACCCAGAGAAGGUAUCUGAGGUCAACAAAAAUGUUCAGCUGAAUAAUGAAACCAUCUUGGAGCUCCCAGAACUGAAGGUGAAUCCUUUCAAGGAUCAGAUUACUAAGGUGUUCUCUUCUGAUGGGAGUGGAGACAUGACAUUUGAGGAUUUCCUUGAUAUGAUGUCUGUCUUUAGUGAUAAUGCUCCAAAGAAUGUCAAAGUUGAAUAUGCGUUCAGGAUCUACGAUUUUGAUUGUGAUGACAUGUUGUCCAGUCGGGACCUAAAGGAGGUAGUUGAUCGUCUGACUGGAGAAGGACAGAAACUGGGAGAUGAGGAGAUGCAACAGCUCAUUGAUAACAUUUUUGAGGAAGCUGAUUUAGAUGAUGAUGAGUCACUCUCCUUUGCUGAAUUUGAACAUGUCAUUUCCAAGGCUCCUGAUUUUGUAAACUCUUUCAGGAUACGACUCUAAAGGACAAUUAUGAACAUGUACAUGGGACCAGCCAAUAGAUGUCUGUCUAUAAACUACAAAUGUGGCAUUGAAUCAGGCUAAGAACAAUGACAACUACAACGGAUAGAACCUUGUGAUACUAGAUCUGCCCCGAGUCAACCAUUCAUCAUUUAUUUUUCAACUGUCUUAAUUAUUUCUAUGUAUUUCUCACUUUUACAUACCUGAACUCCUCUUUUAAUAUUUUUUUUUUCUUUUUGCAAUCUCAUGGCUACUCUUGAUAAAGAACUAGAAUUGUUACGAAAUGUUAGACUACAUUAACAAAAGAAAGAGGAGAAAACAGGUUCAUUUUCACACUCCUCACUGAUGAACAUCAGAAUGACAUCUACAUAGUGUAUUAUGAUUUGCUGGUUUACUGCCAACUCCUCAGACUUUUAAACUUAAGAAUGUUUCCAUUGAUAUUGGUUUCCUGAGGUCCCUGAUAUUGGUUCCCUAUGGUCACUUCAGCUGUAGUUCAAAUGAUUGAAAACUUUUUUUCAUAUUGUGUUUUUGUUUACUGGUUACAAGACAUGACAUUGUAGGUAAUUCCAUAAUUAUAUACCAGAUGGUAUUGAGCAUAAUAUGAGUAUUAAUGUUGUUAAGCUUACUUUGUGUAUGUGGUCAUGUGCAUACCAUAUAAACUGUGAAACUUUUUCUUUUACGUCCAAAUAAACAAUAUUUGUAGCUUGAUUCCAGUUUUCAUCAGGGAGGAACAAAGAAUUAUAUCACAAUAUCUUCUAUACAUCUAACUUUAAACUCAAAGCAUGUAAAAUUUUAUUUGACAAAAACACUUCUAGCUUGUACAGCAAUCAUUGUAUGAAACAUGUUUUUGAGGGUACCAUCAAUGUAUUGGAAGGCUUAAUGGUUAGGUAGAAACAUGCACUGAGCAUACUGAUAAAGUGGAACUUUGAACAGAUUCCAAAUUUAUUUUUGUGACAGGUCUUUAUUCUUAAGUAACUAUUUCUAGUUCUCAGCUUGGAUUUUGUGUUUUUGUUAAUUACGGUACACAUGUGAAAAAUUAUUAGGGGUAUUUUGCAAUAAUAGAAGUGUUUAACCUGUCCUUUUUGUGAAAUGUUUGUAAAGAAUGCUUAAAGUUGUGUUUUUGUAUGUGUACUCUCAUUCAACUCCAUAGUAUAGGUUGUGCCUUAAAUUUGUAUACAUCAGGACUAUUUAAUUCUAUUUAUACAAUGUAUAUAAGUAUAUAUUUUUAUCCUUAUCCUAUUCUUGAUAUUUCAUACAUAGAUCAUGCCAAAAUCAUUACCACAUUUCAAGUCACAUUCAUGGUAUGUGAAAACAUAUUGGUGACUGAAUAAAAAACGAAGAUUCUCUAAAAUCAUGAAACAUGAGGAAUUUUCAAGGAAAUUCCUUGCCUGAUUAUAAAGAAUUUUAAUUAUAGUAUUCCAGGCAUUAUAUCUAGGAUUUAGAUAUCAGUUCCAAUUAAUACAGAGAGAUACAAAUAUACAUUCAUAUGUCAUUGAUCCAAUUUCGAAGUCAGAACAAAAAAACAAUUUGCAUAAGUAGAGAAAAUUUUCAAAAUAAAUUUGCUUCCAAGCUGUUGUAAAAACUAACAUUGACAAUCAGAUAGGAUGCACUGUAAUAUUGUUGAAUUUGGAACCACCGCUUUUGAAAUAUGUCUGCACUUGAAUGAUAUGUAAAGUCACAUUGAAAUAUACAUCAGUACCAUGAUUGGGUGUUGGUUUUAUAAUAUUGAUAGUAAUAAUCACUGUGUUUAACUCCAUGUGUCAAUUUUACAUGAGAUUGGUGAUGAUGUAACUCUUUCUUAAUGUUUGAACAUCAUCCAGUCGUUUUACUUGUUAGUCCCACAGGAAACUACUUUGACAUUUUAAAUAGGUAUUACCAGAAUUAUUUUUAUGCUUCCAUGAUUCAUCCAGUGAAAUAUUGGCAUUACAAAGUGUGACCAAUGUAACAGUGGGUAUAAAGAGAAUCAGGAUUACCAGUACUUUAAUCAGCAAUUACAUAUUUCUAUGCACAAAUUGUUAAAAAAAAAAAAAGCUGCUGGUGAAUCUUUGGACACAAAUCUGUUUCUAUUCAGAGAUUUUGUAUUGUACAUAAUUAUUUUGACUUGUUAUACUGAGAAAUCAUGUUAUUGUUAAACCAAUAUUUGUAUUCAAAUCCAUGCAAAUUUGGAAGAUUGCUGGUUGAUUUUCCAAUUUUCCAAUAAAGACUUUAUUCUGUGUUAGA